AUGGAAGAACGAUGUUCCGUGAACAGCCCUCGAAGAAUACUGAGCUUCUCCAAGAAUCGGAGGGCCAGCGUGUCUUUUCCCGACGCCGAUGGCCGCCCGGGAUUCGGAGUCUCCGGCGAGCAUGGCCCCAAGCCCUCCGAGGUCUAUGGCUUUGUCGGCUCCAUCACAACCGUUGUCUCCACAGUUGUUUUUCUUGUAUGGGCAUAUGUUCCGGGUAUUUGGUUGCAUUCUGUAGGGAUCUAUUACUACCCAAGCAGGUAUUGGGCUUUAGCUGUGCCUUGCUAUGUAAUGGUAACAAUUGUAUUGGCUAUUGUGUUUUAUAUUGGCUUGAACUUCAUGGCUACUCCUCCUUCCACCUCCUUGAAUGUGAUGUUUGAUGAAUUCAGUAGGGAGCCGGUGAGUGAAACCCCUUCAGGUGACGAUGACGAACGGCCCAUUGAGCCUAUAUCCGACAUUGGAAUCAACCAAAUUAAUGAUUUAAUGUUUAAAAAUUUAAGAUGA